CUCUAUAAUAAAAUACCUCCAAACUUUCUCCUUCUAUAGCUUGCUCACAAAUCGAAGAAAACGAGAAAGAAUGGAAGCACCAAAGGUGAUCGAGCAUCAAAUUGGAGACAUCCAUGAUGCUCUUCGGUUCGGCCUCGAUACCAAGAGAGGCGACAUCAUUGAAUCUCACCCUCUUGAAUCUGCCAUGCUCUCUGUGGAGAGAAAUCAAGAGCAUAUGAAGAGAAUAACACUUGCGAACGUUUAUGGGGCAGCCUUUCCCGUUCAGAUGGGCAUCGAAAGGCAGAUGCUUUCUAGAUUCCAGAGGCCACAAGGACCAAUUCCAUCUUCAAUGCUAGGACUAGAGGCUUUGACAGGAAGGUUGGAGGAUUUUGGUUUUGAGGAUUAUCUGAAUGAUCCUCGCGAGUCUGAAACUUUCCGUCCAGUGGACAUGCACAGUGGGAUGGAAGUUCGUCUUGGAUUGUCUAAAGGGCCAGCCUGCAAAAGCUUCAUGUGAGAUGAUGAGCCUUUCAGCAAUGCCUCUGUUUAUUUGUACUCAAAACGAUUUGAUGAAAACGUAGGAGUAAUUUCUACUUUGAUGAAUUUGGCUGUGUUAAAACUUAUGAACAUCAAACUCGGUUAUUUUUUGAUAAUGGCCUCAUGAUUGGAUCCUUUUAAUUUAUCUAUUAUCA